AUGGACUUGGUUCAUAAGAGGUGCCUCUGCAAGAGGGCGCUGCCUAGCUUUGGAGCCGAGGGCGAGAGGCCGACCCGUUGCGCCGCCUGCAAGACGGAAGGCAUGAUGGACGUGGUUCAUAGGAAGUGCAUGUGCAAGAGGUCGCAGCCUAGAUUCGGGCUGGUGGGCGAGAGACCCACCCGUUGCGCCGCAUGCAAGACCGACGGCAUGGUCGACGUGGUGAAUACAAUGUGCGAAAACGGGUGUGGUACGAGGGCAAAAUCUACGCCUUACAAAGGAUACUGCCUGAGGUGCUUCGUGUACCUGCACCCGGGCGAGAAGGUCUCUCGCAACUACCGAGUCAAGGAGCAGCACUUUACGGACCACAUCAAAGCGGCUGGCAUCCUCCCGAACCACUCUCAGGUAACCUUCGACAAGAGGCUUCAAGGGGGGUGCUCGGGGCGGAAGCCGGACAUCUUCGUGGACAUGUACACUCAUACGGUGCACUGCGAAAACGAUGAGGACCAGCACCGUAACUACACGUGCGAAAACAAGCGGCUGAUGGAGCUCUUCCGGGAUGCGGGCAACCGUCCCCAGGUCCAGCUGAGGUUCAACCCAGACGGCUUCACGGCAGAAAACGGCGUACGGCACCCGAGCUGCUUCAAGUACAACAAAUACGGCGUGCCGGUGAUCCGAGAUCAGACGACGUGGGACAGGCGGAUGGGCGCAUACAUGGAACGGCUACGAUACCAUCUCACUCACGUGCCUGAUAGAGAGAUCACCGUGGAGCACAUCUGUUAUAAUGGCUACAAAUGGAAGAGCGACGAACGAGGCGACCAAGUAGGGCAGAAGCGGAAGCGAAUGGCGCCGGCGUCGCGCCCCAUCCUCGCCGUCUCGGAGACCGGCACCAUGACCCGGUAUCAUAGCAAACGUGCCGCUUCCGAGGCUACCGGUAUUCCCGCGGCGAGCGUAGCUUUCGCCGCCUCCAACCUCGCCCUGCGCGAUGGCCGCCUGUGGAAGUUCGAAGACGACCCUCGACAGGUGGACAUGAGCCGCUGUCAAGCCGUUCGAGAGCAGGUUGUCGCCGCUCCGACGGAAGCGGACGUCGAGCAGGCCAGGGACUUCGUGGAUGCUCUGCGGGGAGAUGACGGCCGCAUGAUCACCGAGAUGCGCCUGAGCGACGGCUACGUCUCCGCCACGAAGAUGUGCCAGUCUGCGGGCAAGAUGUGGGGACAUUACAACGCCGUCGAAGGGAACGUGGCCUUCAGGACCGCUCUGGCUACAUCUCUCCAUACUCCGAUAGCUGACCUUGUCCAGUCCAUAACCAAUGGUCCACUCUACCAGAGGGGCACAUGGGUGCACCCUCAGCUGGCCAUUCACCUGGCGUCCUGGUGCUCGCCCACGUUUGCGGUCAAGGUUACUGCGCUCGUGCUCCGCUACCUGACCGGGCAGGUCACCACUGAGGAGUCUCGGGCCGCAGCCAAGACCGUCGCCGAGCGCGCUGUUCCGCCCGAGGAGACGGACGAAGAUUCGAGAGCCCUCAAACGCCUGAAGGUGACGCACGAGAUCGAGCUAGAGAAGACAAAGCACGCUAAUGAGAUGGCGAAGCACGCUAACGAGAUGGCGAAUCACGCCAAUGAGUUGGCGAAAUUGCAGUCGGAGACGUCUCGCCUGCGCAUGGAGAGCACUCGGGAGCUCAUGGAGGGAAGCAAGCGCUUGAUCGACGGCUUGGCGUCCGGCAUCGCACCCCCUGCCUUGACCGGCAUGAUCAACAUCGCGCGCCACAACCUCGCCGUCAAGUGCCUCGCGGUGUUGGGACCGAGCGGCCCCGCAUCCGAUCCCGGCAUCGAGCCACCCGUGGCGCCUCGGCUCGUAGCCGCCGCACGGCGCGUCACAGUCCAGGAGUUCGGCAGGGAUAUCCUGGGUCUGAGGGCCGACCAACUGGCGACGGCGCGACUCUCGGUCGUCGGCAGCAAGCUCGGCAGGAUGUGGAAGAGCCAGCCGGGCAAGGGCGAGAUCGUGGAGCUCGUCUCGAAUUCAGGAGAGAAGUCGUGGAAGCGCACGGUCGCGGAGAACGGGGCUCCGCACACGUCCACGUUUUCGGGCCCGCUAGACGCAACGAUGCUGGCAAACAACCGCAUCAAGUUCUCAGCUGCAUACCUAGGCACCAACGAGAUCGGGAACGGACAGGCAUACGACGUCUGGACCUAUCAGUUGAACGAGGUCGAGAACUUGAUGCGCGAGGCGUUCCGGGCAUAG